GCAAGGAGGGGGCCACGGCGUGCCCCACUCUGUUAUUUUACGACACGGCUUUCUGUGUAACAUAAUUUUAUUUAAUUUUGUGAAAUGUGUCGGUGUUAUUUGUGAAAAAUCGGGAAGUCGGAAGUGUGAAUUCGAGAUGCAGGGGCUGGUGAGCGACAAGACGUUCCACCUCAAGUGGAACAACCACCUGCAGAACCUGAGCCAGCUCUUCACGACCAUCUACUCGUCGUCGGCGCUGGCCGACGUGACCCUGUCCUGCCGGGAUGGCACGCUCAAGGCUCACAAGCUUGUUCUAUCUGCCUGCAGCCCUUACUUUGAACAAAUCUUCAGGGACAAUCCAUGCCAGCAUCCAAUUGUUAUCCUCAAAGGGAUUCCAUUCUCGGAGAUCAACCUGCUGGUGGAGUUCAUGUACAAAGGAUCAGUGGACGUCCAAGAAUUGGAUCUACAGUCCCUCAUGCACACAGCCUCCGAGCUGGAGAUAAGAGGACUGGCAUAUGAGGCUCGGGACAAUGCUGCACAGCUAUUGAAUGUGAACUUGGAGUAUCCGACAUACUCACAGACCCAAGUGCCUCAGCCACAACCACAAGCAUUCACCCAGGCCCGUACUGAUGUUGAACGGCUUAAGCAGAUCCACAUGUAUCAACAAUCCAUGAUGCGUUCGGAAGAGAUCCGGCGCCGCCGCCGCGACGACAACCCUGGCACGCAUACGGCGGUCAACAACAUACUCGCCGCUGCUGCUAGAGAGAUGGAAGAGGCGAGGCAUGCGACCAGGGGCAACGAGAGGGUGGUGGCCAGCAUACAGACCGAGCUGGAACACGCCGCCGCGACGUCUACCCCCGACAAGCAGGACGACGACAGGCCGAAGAAGCGCACCUCCAUCCUGUCGCCCGACGACGACAAGCUGCGCGCCAAGAAGAAGAUGACCGUCCGCUUCCAAGACGACAAGACUGACGAACGCCCUAACAAGGUUAAUUCGCCGGGGGCAGCCUCGAACCAGGACGACCCAAAGCCGGGCGGCAUCAAAGUAGUGCAGCUAUCCGCCCUUCAGAAGCCCACCAACAACGAGCAUGACGAUUCUGAUGAGAAAGCCAAGAACAUGGAUGACGAUGAGGAAACUGAUUCAAGCGGCUCCAUGUCUGACUCCAAUGUCAACGAAUGUGAAGAGGGGCGCCGCCCUCACGUCUGCGACGUUUGUGAUCUCAGAUUCCAGCGAUCAUCCCACCUCUCCCGACACCGGCUGACACACACCGGCGAGCGGCCCUUCACGUGCGGCGGCUGCGGCCGCUCCUUCGCGCGCUCCGACAAGCUGCGCGUCCACACCAAGAUCUGCGAGCGGGAAGACCCAACUGUCGACAUGGCCAACGAAUCCACCACAACCAAGCGCGAAAACAACUCUGAAGUGAUGUCCGGCAUGGUGCGCACCACACAUAGGGAGUCCGGUCAUCUUGUGUUCACGCCCAGCGGAGACGUCAUGCUACCGCCCAGGGCUACUACUAACCCCGUCGUACUCAACAGCACGCUGGAGGCGGUGAAGAGCGAGCUGCCGGCGGGCGAGCUGCUGGAGCCGCCGCGCCGCGGCCGCGGGCGCCCGCGCAAGACGCCGCUGCCGCUCACGCCCAAGAUCAAGAAGAAGCGGGGGCGGCCACCCAAGACUUCGCUUGACCUGGAGGGCUGCGUGCUGACGGGCGGCACGGUGAUGGGCAACGCGCACAACCUCAGCAACCUGAGCAUGUCGGCGCUGCCGUCCGGCCAGCAGCUGCUGCUCAAGCGCAAGCGCGGCCGCCCGCCCAAGAACUACCUGCUGCCCGCGCGCACCGGUACCGACUUACCGAUGCAGUACAACAUAGCAAUGGACUUGAAUAAGAUUUACGGCCGCCCCAACGAGAACUACAAUGCCACCAACCUGCCCUUCGGAGAUUUCUCCUACCUGACCGAAAUGAUGUACAACCCAGCCCUCGCCGCCUACGGAUACGGAGUAACCAGCGUCGACCCCGACCGCAACGUGGACCAGGAUCAGAGCGCGGUCAGUGAAACCUCACAUGACCGCACUAUAGACGUAUCAGAUUCAUCCUCAGACGAAGAGGAAACUUCAAGAGUGGAACCAGAAGAAAACGUACCAUCGGUCGGCGUAGAAACGCAAAUCAUGACCGUAGGCGACUGCCAGAUCGUCAAACUCCCGCCUAACAACGAGGAACCGAACAAAGAAGACAAGUUGGAACAGGUACAGGAUAACUCCACUAUUGUGCCAGCUUCGACCCCCAGCUCGGUCACGAUCACUCCGAUAACUACGGUGGGAGACUGCACUAUAAGACCGGUAGAGAAUAACACUUAAGUGCGAAUAAUUAAGUGAUGAAAAUAGGUACAUAAUACCUAUUUUUGUUGCUUUUUAGCGGAGAAGGAUACAUAUUGACUGCAAAUCAAAACGAAAAUUCUUUACAGGAAAUUGUAGAUGGCGUCACUUAAACUAAGCUUCUAUAAACUUUAUAAUGCAGAGGAAAUAUUUCCUACAAAAAAAUUGAACUUUAUUACGAAUAAUAAUAGGGUUUAAUUUUGGCAAACUUAUGCUCGUUAAAGAGUAAAGUACUCCAAAUACUACUGUUAUGAGUUAUGAGGCUGACAUUUCAAAAGUGAUGUUAUCUCGUUAUUGCGAAGAACUUUGUGUGAAAUUCGCAGUAAUUAUUACCCUUCUCUGUUACACUACGCUUACUGUUCAGCUGUUAUGAGCGGAUUAUUGCGGUGGCGUCAUAGUAGCCCCGCUCUUUCUUUUACGGCUAGUAAGAGAGGGACGCCAUACUCGGCUAGUGUGAUUAAAGUGAUGCUCAAAAGAUAUGGACGAAAUGUAAACAUUACUAUUUAACAUUUAACCUCAAAUUUACCGAAACGAUUUUAUUAAAAAUACGUGCACGUUUUACCAACUUUUAUUGUGUUAACUGUAGGCAUGUGAAGAUAAUCAAUUUAAAUCGUUAUUAUAAUCGAUGUCAAACUGAUUUAAAUACAAUAAAAUAACAUCCAAAAUCAAUAACAAUAUGAAAUGACAAUGCAUGAAUAUGACCCAAGCAUAUAUUGAAUGAUUGUUCAAAAAUAAUUGAUUACAGAAAAAGCUUGUUUACAUUUUUGUCUGCUUCUUUGAACGCCAUUUUACAUAGAAUUUUCGUCUGCAAGUCUUCCCACAUCACAUUAUGUACGACUUAAUUCCUCUGAUGCCGCCGCAAUGACGAUAAAAAAAAGAAAAAUGACUGUCGUAAUCUGCAUUUAGAUUGGUGGUGAAAUAAUUUAUUUUCCUGAAAUUAUAAACCGUUGUAAGCUUUACAUGAUUAACCGUGAUACUCAGUUAGAAUCGGCCGUUUUGUGAACAAGUCACAAUCUAGCAAUGUUCUACAUGACGAUUAUGAUAGUGCCUCGGGCCCUGGGUCAUACAACUUACUACUAAAGAAUACUUGUACUGUCGCCGUCAGAUAUAUCGGGGCGGCCAAGGUGCUCAAAAAUAUCUGAACAUGCACUUUGACAUUUGGAUAACAGAGACUUUUAUGAGAAAGAGAUAUAUGUAAUCACCUUGGUCGUUCCGAAUUAUCCGAUGGUGACUGUAUACUAUACAGUAAAUAAUUAUAUAGUCCGUUUCAUAAAUAUGUGCACAUUUUUUCACCGUAAUCCGUUGAAUUAACGCAAAAAAGUGUUUACAUAGUUUUGAUUUGACUGUAUCUACUACUAUACUAAAGUGCGUCAGUCUGAUUCGUGUCACACUAACAUGACAAUAGUCAUCUGACACUGUCUUCAUUAGUGUGAAUUAUUUGUGUCACUUGACAAUUCGGUUUCCAAAAAAAACCUGAGUGAUUUGCUCUAUUUAAAAUUGCAAAUGAAUUGCAAAUUAAAUUUAAACAUCUGAAAUUCACAUAUAAGGAAGUUUUAUGACUCGGGGCUAGUACAUAGCUGUUAAAAGUACAUGGGACACAUAGCUUUAGGAUAAGUUGUAGAAUAAUGAGUUUAUAUAAUAAAUGCAUUAUUUUUCUAAAUUAAAUACGGUAUUCACAUCACAAUACAAACCGGCUCUGAUGAAGUGUUCUUAAAAUUCAUAAGUAUUAAGAUUAUAGAAAUUAAAUAAUAGACUGUUUACUUAUUGAACUCAACGUAAAAGCAACCUUACUGUAUGAAGCGUAAGGUUCACAUUUAAACAAUGUUCAGAAAGUAAUCAGUAAAGUAGGUCUACCUCGAUCCAUGUCACUUUAAAAUCUUAACAGUGUUAUAUACCCACCGCAAUAAUUAUAUAUAAGUACCUAUACAUGGCUAAUGAUUAUUCAUGUAGAACAUUGGACACAAGCAAAGUUAUGUACAGAAUAUUUUGCUAAUAUCUACAUAGAGGCAGCGUAUUUACUACAUAUGUUAUAGAAGUAUAUACCCAAUGUUUAUAUACACAAUGUGCACUAAUGAUGCCUUGUAUGUUUUCUUUUCGAACAUGAUUCUUCCAUGAAUGUCACUACUGAAAGGCUAUCUUACCAUUUAUUGUGGUAGAAUUAGUACCAAAUAGGCGGGUCCACAGCUAGCGAGCACACGCGAGGCAAUUUCCAUUUGAGCCAUUUUCCCGAGGCGGCGCGCGCGUUUCUUCGCCUGAGCGCGCCGAGCACGUCUGGCCGAUUUGUGCGCGAGGAAACUGCCUCGCGCGUAUGCUCGCUGUGUGUUGACCCGCCUUUUCAUUAAAAUUUUCCAAUGAACUUACAUAAUAUUUAAUUACAGAUUAUUAUGGUAUUAAAAACUAAUCCUUAAAUACCGAAGAGGUAGCCACGUGAAUAAGCUUAUGUUAUUCUUUCCCAAUAAUUCUUGGGGCUUUAAAAGUGGAUUGACUAUAGUUAUUCCACAUUAGCGUUUCUAGUAUCUCUCUUAUUUGAUUAAGACUACGGCGUCUGCCUUCCCUAUGCUAUAACAAGCUCUGUGAAUACUAGUACCGUAGAAGUAGUGUCUUAGAUAAAACUUAUUCUAAAUAAUAACUCAACAACACCACACGAACAAGUGAUACGAUGUUAAGUCUAACUGGGACCCUAUUUGAUUCGAGAAAGUUAUUGGUGACAUGGCAACUUUAUCGCUACUUUUGCAAUGGUAACCUAAUUCUAACGUAGUGGUAUGUUACCCAAAUCGCCUUUUGCCACUUGGUCAAGUCAAAUUGGACCUCAGAACAUUAUUGUAUGGAUAUUGUAAUAACAUAUAUUUCUUUAAUCGUUUUGCCUGUAAAAGCAAUGAGUAACGUAUCGUAGUCUUAUAAUGAUAUAUAACGCAAUAUAGUGUAAUGACCGACAUGACAGCUAGCGCCUACUGUCAAACAGUGGUGGCGACUUUUAUUUUGGAUAGAACAAAUUCGUACCGUAGUACCUUACUUGUGCGGACGGUGGAAUCGUAAGUACGCUUUAUAACUGUCAACGUGUUCGCAUUAAAUGUCGAUGUCUUAAAAGUAUUAUAACUCACUACUUUGGAUUUUCGAUCAUUAUUUUCAUAACUGUACAGUAGAAUAGUUCCUAACAUGUAAUCGAAGCAAAAUUAUAACCCUCAACUAGAGUAGAUGAGUAAAUUUAUUUGAAAUCAAUUUUAUUAUGUUUUAGUUUUAAGUCCUAAUUUUUAUAAUCGAUCAAAUUAUCGUAAUUUUAGUACCUAAUUUACAAUUAGUGAUAUGUCGAAUUGUUUAGGAUCGCUCGCCGAUGCAUUAAGUUUACGGAAGACUGCUCUGAUGUUUUCUAUUAAAGUUAGUUUUCGCUUUUACAGUUGACUGAUUUACGGAAAUCAUUUAUUGGCCUUCAAGAGGCAUUUAACGUGAGUCUCAGACGGCAAGCUAAACUUAUCGAGAUCAUUUAAUAUAGGAAUCUGUAUUUUUAUAAUAAACCUUAGGUAACUUCUAAUUUAUUGUCAUCCGCAAAUGUAACGUAUCCCAUGCCAUAGUGUACUGACGUCUGAAAUUCGUAUUUAGCUAUUAUAAUGGCCUUAUUGGCAAUUUGUGUUGUCGUUAAGUUUUAAGUGUUGAACGGCCGCUGUGUUAGCUUGACCUUGGAUGAAACUGUCAUGACAAUAUGUGUCAUUUAGGUCUAGAACCAGAUAUCUAGAAUGCCUGAGCUUCUCACACUAACCUGACAAUUGCCAACUGACAAUUAGCUAUCACUAUCAGUGACUCACUAAAUAAGUGUUAUGCAAUCGUGAAAUUUCUUGAAUUUUGAAUGAAUUAUAUUUGAAGUAUAUUGUCAUGACAAUUGUCAGAUAAGUUUUGUAUCACCGGCGGCGAGGUUCGCUGAAGUUAGUUGUGAAAUCGCAUUAACGCAUUUAUACCGCGUGUAUUCAAUGUUUGCGAGCACUGCCAAAUAGAGAUACUAAGGAAUAGCAGCUUAUCGAAUGUUUUGAUUAAAGCGCCAAUUACAUCCACACUUUAUCAGGCCUGAUAUCAGACCCGAUUUCGGGCCCGAGGAGUAUUGUUUCACAUCGUUUACAAUAUUUGAAAUGUAAAUAAAUGGUUCAUAUAGAAACAUUUUUGGCAAUUAGAGACAAAGUAUGCUUUACAUUGUUAUCGAUGUAAUUCCGUGAAACGGAAAAUGAUUAUCAGGCCGGAAAUUGGGACUGAGUUCGGGCCCGAUAUCGGGAAGUGUGGAUGUAACUGGCGCUUAAAGGAUUGUAUGGAAUCUGGCAGGUUAGGAAGGUCAACAAUAUCUCUAUUUGUGCCAAUGUGAAUUAUUAUCUCAAUAUCGUUUAGUUGCUAACGUAUGAUUAUUUUUUACGUUGAUUUAUGUACGAAUUGAAACUUAUGCUUAUGAGGAAGCUUGCUAAUGAAUAGGUACAUUAAGUAUACGUUUGAGCCCCAUUCAUUUCUCGCAUACUUCUCUAUUGGAAUGUGUGUAAUUUAUUCAUUAGUAAGUUCGUAUUUAGUUACUAAUAUUUUAAAAUGUUUAGCGUAGUAAUCGAAUCACAAGUGAAAUCAUGUUAGAGUUUAUUUACGAUGGCAAAAUUAUAUAACGGUUGAGGUCUCUACUCGAUGAUAGAAAUUGCCAUACCAAAGUCACCUAAAUCCCAAUUGAUGCAUUGACGACCUCAAAUUAAUUAGUAUUUAGUAUACAAAAUUAAUCGAUCAAUCAUCGUGUGAUGGACGUUGUUCGAUAUAUCGAUCGGUAUUGAUUAGGUACUUUGGUUUUGUUAACAUUAAAAAGAAGUACACAAAUGUGAUUAAUAUUCACAAAACAUGAUUCGGCUUUUAGACACUUUAUUGUAUGGCUAUUGAUCGUUGAAGAUAUUUCAAGUACGGUUAGGAUCAAAUAUACUCGGUGUAACAUGAUGAAAUCGAAAGUUUUACAGUGUAUUCAUGAUCACAUGUAGACUAAAAUGUCAUAUAAACUCUGGAUUUCACCUAGUUUCAGAGUUAAUACUAAUAAUAAUAAAAAAAGUUCUUUUAAAACGCCUUUGCAACAAGUAACCUUUGCAAAAACUAGGUUUUACAAAAAAAAAACGUAAAUAUAUAUAUUUUCAGUGCUAGUUUUCACAUUCAAAAAUUUGAAAAAAAAAAAAUUUUUUUUGGCGGAAUUUACGUAAACUCUUAUAACAUUUUUUCCUUCUUUUGACCUCAGAAGUGUGUGGUUAAAAUGUGUCAGGUCCCUCGUGUUACACCGUGUAUAGUGACAGCCUAAGUGACAAAAAUAUCGCAACAUAUUUUUAUAGCAAUAAAGGUAUGUUGCGAUAUUUUAGUUGCUUUGGCUUUCUGCCACGCUGACUGUAUGCACAAUUCAUUCAUAAAGUGAGCACUUUUGCAGCUGAGUGUACAUUGACUUCAUUUUGAAGACCGUCUAGUAGAGACCUCAUAUCACCCGUCCAGACAUUCACGCGGAUAGUUCUAUUAUGUUAGCUCCUUAAUACUGAGCGAAGCUAUUUAGUUAUACGUUGAAUGAUUAUAUUCCUGUAUGUGAAAUGUUUACAUUUUACGUUGUGAUCAUGUGAGUGCAAAAUUAUUUUGUUUAGUGACCAUAGUUGGUUCGUCGUAACGGGCAGCAGACAUAAUUGUUUGGUUCUGUUCUGCAUAGUCCAUGAGCAGUAUUUUUUAGAUUUAAUCUUUAUUAUAUAUGAACCUCUUUUUAUUAUUUUAACAAUUAUGAAAUUCAAUCGUUAGUUACUUUCUAACAAUGAAAUAUUUAAUAAAGAAAUUACAAAAUUAA